AUGGAUGAUUUGUGGAAUCAAGCAUGGGAUUCUUUGAUUCAAGAGGUGCAGAGGGAGGCCGACGAGGAUGCGGCGGCGGCGGCGGCGAUCCCUCGUGCGAUUCGUCAUCGUCGGACAAUCCCACGAGACCAUGUCGGAGCGGCUGAUCGGCUUAUGGCCGACUACUUCAGCGCUGACCCUCGUUACCCGGCUGAGAUUUUUCGUCGGCGUUUCAGAAUGUCGCGUCCGCUCUUUACCCAUAUAGCGACGACAUUGGCGGACCGGCUCGAGUGCUUCACGCUCCGGAGUGAUUGCACCGGCCGGAUCGGACUGUCUACUUUGCGUAAAUGCACCUCUGCAAUUGGGCCUAGCUUGCCUAUGCCGGCCCGGUUGAUAUGUUCGACGAAUACCUGGCAGAUGGGUGAGGCGACUAGUCUAAAUGUGCUCGCGACAGUUUUGUAA